AUGUCUCAACCAACAACGUCCACUUCCUCAUCAUUGCCACCACCACCACGAAAACAAUCACCAACCCGAGCAUCAGGUGUUCGGCUUCCCAAACCACUCGAAAAUGCAAAUUAUCAAACAAAAAUCAAUUUAAUGUUCGCCAAUCAUAUCAUGUUCAAUCCAAUGUAUUGCAAAACAUGCUCCACUAAUGAACAUAUUCUGGAGGAUAGAUCGGAAGGUAAUUUCGUAUGUACCAAGUGUGGCUGCGUGAUUAGUCGAUUGAUAGACUUUGAAAAUAAUGAUUGGAGAGAUUUUGAUGAGGAUAAACCAAGUAAUUCUCGUGUAGGAAAUUCAACCUUAGAAGAGAAUGAGGAUGUAUUGAUAAUUAAUGAAUCUAGAGUGCUAGGAACUAGAAUUAAACCAGAUUCUUCUAAAUUGAUUAAACUAGGAAAGAUGAAUAUUGAAAAUGAAUUCCUCUCUGAAAUUUUCAAACAGGUUACAUCAAUUGUUGUGGAUCAAUUCAAAUUGGAGAGUAGAUAUACAUUUAAAAUUAAGGAAUUACUCAAAGAAAUUUAUUCUGAAAAUAGGAGAACGUUCAAUAACAAGACGAGGAAUCAAUGUUUAGCAGCUUGCUUAUUCUGUGGACUCAAAUCUGAGGGGAUUGGUAAGACAUUGAAGGAGUUUUGUGUGAUUUUACAUGUUUCAAAGGAGGAAAUAUCAAAAUGGGUUUCAAUCAUUCAGAAGAAUCCAAAAACUAAGGAGCUCAUCAAGACUAAGGAUUACAAUUCGCCUCAAGCAUUUGUUGAGGAUUUCUGUAAGAAAUUACAUCUUCCACCUAGUGCCAUUUCAAAGAUUAAGGAUUUGGUUGACAAGGCCAUUCAAUCUGAUCUGCUCUCUGGAAAAAGUCCAUCAACAGUUGCAGCUGCUUGUUUAUUCUAUUUUAUUUCCACCAGUACUGAUCAGAAAGUGACAAGUCUUCAAAUUGGAGAACAAGAAAUUGAAGGAGCUACAUCCAUUACUAGUAAUACAUUCAAGAAUGCUCUGGAUUCAAUUAUUACUGUAUUUAAGAAACAAUAACAGAGAUUUACUU